UUUAAAAAAAAAUGGGAAGGCAACCAUGCUGUGACAAAGUUGGGUUGAAGAAGGGGCCAUGGACUGCAGAGGAAGAUAAGAAGCUCAUUAGCUUCAUCCUCACUAAUGGCCAAUGUUGCUGGAGAGCUGUCCCUAAGCUAUCAGGGCUGUUAAGGUGUGGGAAGAGCUGCAGGCUCAGGUGGACAAACUACCUGAGGCCAGACUUAAAGAGAGGCCUUUUAUCAGAAUAUGAAGAGAAAAUGGUCAUUGAUCUCCAUGCUCAACUUGGCAACAGAUGGUCUAAGAUUGCUUCUCAUCUCCCUGGAAGAACUGAUAAUGAGAUAAAGAACCAUUGGAAUACCCACAUAAAGAAAAAGCUCAAGAAAAUGGGCAUUGAUCCUGUCACGCACAAGGCACUCUCUAAUGCAACUGAGCAAACCCAAAAUCAACCUCAACAACAACUACACCAACCACUAGAAGAACAGCAGAACCAACAACCUUUGCCAGUUGAUUUUGACCACAAAUUUGAACAUGAAAAAAGUCAAAAUAAGAAGCCAGAGACUUCAUUUGAGUCAUCAACCAUCACUGAAGCCAAAGAGGAUGACAAAAUUAUAGCACCCGAAUUUGAAACAAUGGAGCUAAUGAAUGGGUUCUGCACAGAUGAAGUUCCAAUAAUAGAAGCCGAUGAGAUUCUAAUGCCCUGUGUUCCAUCCUCUUCUUCAACCUCUACAUCUUCUUCAAAUUCAACCAAUUUCCUUGAAGACCUGCACCUCCCAGAUUUUGAGUGGUCUUGUAAUUACAAUGAUAAUAGUAUUAACAAUAACAACGAAGACAACAUGGCCUUGUGGGAUGAUGAAUUUAUUAGCUGUUUAAAUUUGCUGAUUAAUGAUGAUGAUGAUGAUGAUGAUAAAAAACAAGUAUUUGAUGCUCCUCUCACUCAGUACCCAAGAAUGGUCGUGGAUUCAGAAUCUUGGGCAUGUGGGUUAUUUUGAUUUGAAUUUUUUCUCAUCUCUCCUUCUGAUUUACUUGUAAUUUCCUUCUACGUUCUUAUGAAGAAUAAACAGUGAAUCAAUAAUUAGGAAGAACAGAACCCAAGUUGUUUAGCUUAUCAAGUUUUUCCCCCAGCU